AUGUGACACUCUUCUCCGUCGUCUCCUCCAUCCUCAUCUCCGCCGUGUUUCCUCUCACUCCUCCGUUCUUCUCCAUCCUGGCGCCUCGAUUCUCCAUCCAUCCCCAGCAUGCUGCUCACGUGAAGUCCACAAACUCUGACAGCAGCGGGAGCCCGAACAGAUGAUCUGAAGGAGACUUGGGAGAAAAGAGCACGCACUUCUGUUCCUCUCCUGUGUCCACAUCCGGAGCCAGAAUGGAUCUCUCUUUCAUGGCUGCUCAGAUCCCGGUCAUGACGGGGGCUUUCAUGGACUCCUCGCCCAACGACGACUACAGCGGUGAACACUCCCUCUUUAACUCGUCCGCCAGCGUGCACGCCGCAGCCUCGGCGGCCUCCGUCCACGGCCAGCCGGACGAGUCCCAGUCCAUGUCCAGCGACGCCAUCUGGCUGUGGAUCGCCAUCGUCGCCACCAUUGGGAACAUUGUGGUGGUGGGAAUCGUCUACGCCUGCACUUUCUGAUGGAUGUACCUGAACCCCAGAGUCAAACUGCCGACAAAGACAAACUCUGGCCUCCGUGAGCGAGAGCAGCAGCCGUGACACCAGACAAUGAAAUAUACACUUCAAUAUUUCUCCGCUGAAGACUUGGCCACGUGUUUUUGGCACUGAGAAAUCUUGGAUGCUACCGCUGGAGAUCUGCUGCUCUAGCUGCAAGUGAAAACUGGAGACCUGACCUGAGCGCUCACCCGAGAAUUUCCUGAACUUUAAUCCACCGGGCUUAAGUUUGUUUCCGUGUUUCUUCGCCAGCAACACCCUCAUUUGUAAUGUAGCAUCCAGACUGAAGAUUAAAUAAGGCCUCAGAGUCGGGUUGAUCCGGGCCAUCUCAUUCAUGCACCAGAUAGCUGCUGAGAAAUUUAGGACACUGCUGUUUAAUUAUGCGACAGAACAAUGAUGGUGAAUAUUAAAACAUUUAGGAAAGCAACCCUGGGGGCACAGAUAUUAAAGUCAUUGGCGGAAGUGUUCACACUCUUGUUCUAAGACACGUAUAGUGGCAGGAAAUAAAUAAAAAGACGAGGACAGCUGCCCACGACGUGGAACUGGGUGUUGAAUUUCAUGAUGUAAAUGAUUUUGAAGCACAAAACGAACGUGCGCUAAGGAGCUGAAGUGUAACACCUAACUUUUAAAUCAUUUAUAUGUCGAUGAUUUCCUAUCCGCUGUGAGGACGACUGCUUUUUUUUUAGCCUCUAAUAGCCACGCUAUUGUCUGUAAGGGACGGCACCAUGUCAUGUGUGUAUAGAGCUCCGAAGAAGCCAUGGUGAAUGCACUUCAGUCUGCACCUCAGGCAAGGGAACCAGCAACCAAUUCAAGCUGUAAGAUGUAAGAGGAUGACAAAUGAGCGUUGUAAAGAGCACUUUCUCUUGACCCCAACUCACCCUGGUCUGUAACAGAGGUAGAGCUGGAACAUGAUGGAGGAAAAAAUAGCAAUUAUCACGACAGAGUUCGCGAUAGAGGGCAAAGAACUCGAUCCUCCCGUAAGUGCUGAAGGCUCUGGAUGGGUUGUUGUGUAUGACACUGCUCAGUAAAGGGCAGAGGUCAUCAAGACACCCCAUUAUUAUGCCCUGGAUAUUGACCCCCAGAUCCAUCAUGGUGAUCAUCAGCUGCUAUCCCAGCUGUCCUGAGGGGCAUCGGACAUAAGCAGCUCAGAAGUUUGAGUUCAGGUCACUCUACAGGAGCUGAGAACAGCUUUUUGUAGGGAGCUGGAUUGGCUUAUAGCUCCAGUUGUGACAUUAUAACUUUUAACAGAUGAAUCCUCACCUCAAGAAAUGGACAUCUUUGUUCCCCAGAGUAGCAGUUGAAUGUGAAUUUUGAGUGGAUAUUUAGAGGAAGAGACUUGAGAUACAAGACAUUUUCUUAUGGAACGAUGUUGAGCUUCUACCUUGAAGAUCUAGUGAGGUGCGUAGUCGGUCCAACACAAUGCUGUAGCUGUGUGCAUAGUGGUCAGUUUAGACAUUUUCGGGAAGAUGCAGACGUGGUGCCAACUACCAUUAUUCCUGUUUUCAGUCCAUAAAGCAAUUCUGCCACAAUGAGCUUCUCUAUUCUCACCGUAGAUUCAGGUUGACGCAACCAACUGCCACAAUGAACAACAUUUCUGAAAUGACUUCAACAGGAAAGGAGACUAAAGCAGGAUACACACUUUUUUUGUCCCAAUGUCGCCCCUUCCUAACCAAGGCUGAUCCGAUAAGAUAACCCUGUGGUCUGAGGUGAGUCAGAGUGAAUUUGUCCAACCCAUUCUCACUUCUUAAUACUAACUAUCUUCAAGUGACUUUAGCGUCCCAUGCUGAAGUCAGACUUCUGGGUUGCAUGUUGACACUUCAGUGCUUGAUUGAGUCAAAGGUUCACCCUCCUGUGUGACGUUCCAAGACAGAGGAAGAACACAGCCGUCCUCCCUCUUUCUGUUACGUGACGCUCAGCUAACGCGGAAGGAACAUGUGCUUCAAUUGAACUCCUGGAUCUGACUUUACUGACACUAUGGGACGCAAAAGACAACUUUGGCGCCGUUCGACGCCUUGGGAGUGAGACUGUGUUUUACGAUCAAUAAUCUACAUGUGUGGGGAAAACCAGCUGCUCCUGACUUGGACUGUGACAGUAGAAUGUAACCAGUCAGGAAGCGAGUUGCCUGAGAGACACAGAAGCAAAGGCAGGAGUCAUAGGCCGGAUAUCGAUAGGAGGCAGGAUAUCGGUGGGCAGGAUAUCGGUGACUUUUACUUUCGUUCCUUGCACUGUGGUUGUGUUACUGUCAGUCGGGUAGCGGGAUUCUAUUGCUAAAGAGCUCCCAAGGUCACCGUCAUCCCGUCUCCUUAAAUAAAAACUCAUCUGUGUAUCCUGCUUUAGACCACACUGUGAAGUUUGUCUUGACUAUAUUCAGGUAGUACAGAGGGUAUUAUUACUUCAGCAGAACCAAAGUUAAUGCUAUCGGGCAGAUGAUUCCAGCGUGCGGUGAAAGCAGCAGCAACUGUAUUUUGAGCUUUUAUUUUUGAACAAUCAAAUGGUAUUUUUGUGUGAAUCUACAACAAUGAAUGGAUUUCUAUAUCAUUUAAAAACAUCAUUGUUCAUGUCUGACGGUAUAGCUAAUCUACAUCAUCAUCUGUACAAAAUGAUCAUGUGCUCAGACACAAUAUAAAGUGUGGGCCCCAAGAAGGACUUUUCUUUGUUUUGCUUCGUAUGUAGAAAUAUCCAGACAGUAUAUAAAUCACACACACAAGUCUUCUUUUGUACAGA